UUUGUAACCGAAAAAGUUAAGAAUUCUUUCUGAAGAUUUUAUUUGGAAAAGAGUUAAAUGGCAAUGCUGCUCAAAGAACGAUAUUAUUAAGUGGAUGAGUAUAUGGUAUAUGGCAAACACGGCCAGAGAGUGUGUGAUGAUGAUGAAGUAUGAAGUGGAGAGAAGGACUUGGAGCAGCAAAAGAAAAGGCGGAAAAAGAUAUUUAAAAGACUCAGAGCUGUGCUAUCCCACAAUUCAAUCGUUUACAUGUGAACGCUAAAAAUGGCGUCGAAAUUCAAGGUUGGAGAUCUUGUAUGGGCGAAAAUGAAAGGUUUCUGCGCCUGGCCCGCCAAGAUUAUUGAACCCAUGUCUGAAGUUAAAAGACCAACUAGCAAGAAGACACAUCAUUUUGUUUUUUUUUUUGGUUCUGAAAACUAUGCCUGGGUUCAAGAAGAUAGCAUUUAUAAUUAUCAAGAUAAUAAAUCUAAAUACACACUUACUAGUAGAAUUCCAAGAGGCUACAAUGUCGCUAUUGAAGCCAUAGAAGAUGUUAUAAAAGCUAUGCCUUCUCAGGUACCAGUUAAAACAUCUGAUUUGCCUACGAUAGAUGAAGAACUGGCUCAGAUAUUCCCAAACAGGUCUUCUUCAUCAGGACCACACAAAGAUUAUACUAGGGAGCCUUUAUCUGGAAAAAAGAUUGCAAAAAAGAAAAUCCUGUCCAAUUCAAUUAAGAAGUAUGUGUCAUUAGCAAGUAAUGGGAAAGAUUCCAGUAAAGUGGACAAAGUGAUGCACAGGGACAAACAUGAGUCUUCAGCUUCCCAAUUCAAAAAGAAGUCAGUUGCGAGGAUUAACAUCAGAAAUUCCCGAUCAGAUAAUGUCAGGCUCCAGGCAAAAGAAAAAUCGAAGUCUCCCGACAAAGAAACUAAGGAUGAAUCUUCACCACUGAAGCCAAGCUUAAAACGACUAAGCUCUUCUAAUUAUGCACCAAAAAAUAAGAAAUCAAAAAUGGUUGUUAGAGUUGCAGCACCACAAACUAAGACUGAUAUUCCAAGUAGAAAAUCUGUCAGCAAAAAGGCUAAUUUAUCUUUAAAUCGCAAGAACAGUCCAUUAAAGCCAAAAGCCCAUCAAAAUUCUAUCAAACUCACUGAGAAUAAUGUAUAUGAAUCAGCACAGUUACCAGUGAAGUCUGUAUCAUCUGCCACACAAAUUGAAGAGACUCUUCUUUCAAGGUCUAUUUCUUCAGUUAAUACAAAUGUUUAUCCUACAAAAUUGAAAAUUGGUUUCCUUGGUUUGGGGAUCAUGGGGCAAGGAAUGGUGAUGAAUUUAAUUCGUUCUGGCCAUGAGGUUACUGUCUGGAAUCGAACCUCAACUAAGUGUCGGGAUUUUAUUAAAGAAGGUGCCUUAAAGAAAAACACACCUGCAGAUGUUGUACAUGCUUGUGACAUUACCAUUUCUUGUAUAUCUGAUACUGCAGCUGUGAAAGAUGUUGUGUUUGGUAAUUGUGGUGUGAUUCAAGGAAUUUCAUCUGGGAAAGGUUAUGUUGAAAUGUCUACUAUUGAUGAAGAAACAAUCAAAGAUGUUAGAGAGGCUGUUGUUUUAAGAGGAGGGAGAUUUCUCGAAGCUCCUGUGUGUGGUAGCAGAGUACCAGCAUUGGAAGGACAACUUGUUAUUCUUGCUUCUGGCGAUAGGAAGCUUUAUGAAGAUUGUCAUUCUAGUUUUGAAGCAAUGGGGAAAAGAUCGUUUUUUCUAGGUGAGACUGGUAUGGCAACUCGCAUGAAACUUGUCGUUAAUAUGAUGUUGGGUUCAAUGAUGGCAAGUUUAGCUGAAACAAUGGCUCUAGCUCAGAAAGCUGGUCUGGAGCAGGAAGACGUGGCAACAAUAUUAUCCUUAGGUCCAUUAGCUUCAACUACAGUUUGUUACAAAAGUCAAGCCAUAAUGAAUAACAAACAUGAUCCACAUUUUCCUUUACAACACCAGCAGAAAGAUCUACGAUUGGCAUUAGAUUUGGGUGACAGAGUCGAACAGCCUCUUUAUGUUGCUGCUGCAGCAAAUGAGCUCUAUAAAAAGGCUCGGCGUUUGGGUUAUGGUGAAAGUGACAUUUCUGCUGUAUAUCGUGCCACUAGUGCCUAAUUCCAAUGUUACUUUUUGAUAGUGACUUCUGCCAUUAAAUCUUAGAAUGUGUGUAUUCAUGUUACAAUUUCUAAAAAAAAAAAAAUAUGUGCUCAUAAAAAUGACUCCCGACACAAUGUAAUGGUAAAAAUUUUCAUUAUGACAGCAUUCUUACUAGGAUAUAAACAAAACAUCAUUUUUACUGUAUGAAAUAACAUUAUUAUUGCAUUAUUGAUUUCUCUGUCUUAACACUUUCCUCCAUUUUGUAAUAUCAUACUAUUUUCUAAAAGUCAUUUAAUUUCUUUCUCAUUUAUUGUCUUCCUGUCUAAAUGAAUUUUUUCUUCUUGUGAGUUAUGGAAAGUAUCAUAGAACUACAGUGUAUCUGCAGUUAUGGUGCUGUUACUACUAUUACUACUACUACAACUACUACUACUAUUAUUCACCUGGUCAAGAGAUCUUGUGUUCUGCUACAAUCACAUUUGCUGUGAAUAGGAAGAACUUUUUUGUCUUCUGGAACAUUUCAUAUUCACAUCAGUUUUAAAAAAUGAAAAUAUUAAGAAAAGAAAAAAAACACAACAAAAUAUAUCAUCAUUUCAUUGAAAGCAGAAGGAAAAAAAAAAAUGAUUUCUAAUCAUGUUGUGUAUAUAAUAGCAUAAAUUAGAGAUUCUGUAUGUAAUAUUCCACUGUUUUCAAAUCAGUUUCUACUUUUAUUUCUCUUACAUGGGAAUCUUGUAAAAAUAGAUAAGAUUAAAUGUAUGUGUGUGUUAUUUUUGAUAUUCAAAUGUUACUUCAGCUUUCUUAAAAUGUGUCCUCAGCUAAAUGUCUGCAGCAAAUGAUCAGAAAGUAUGUGUAAACUGAAAAAUUUAUUUAUGAAAUAUUUUUCAUCCAUAUUAGUCUUACUGCAAUUGUUUUAGUAUGAAUUUCUAUUGAAUUUGUUCUAAAAAUUCCUUAUGGCUAUGAUUUUUAUUCAAAUUCCUCAGUUCACUACAUGAAUUUAUUAUAUCACUUGUAUGUUUUUGUUUUUUUUUAUACAUACAUUUUCUUCCCCUGCAGAUUUAAAUAUAUUUGUUUCUGUGUACUUUGGGAUAUUCACCUAUCAUUUUUCUCACUCCAUAUUAAUAGAUAUAUAAAUUUCAGUUAAAGACAAAAGUUGAUCCUUGACUGAAUUAGUAAGUGAAUAUGCAAAAAAAAAAAAAUGUUGGUUGAUAGGGAAAAUACUGAUUCAAACGUGCAACAUGAGCUUCAUAAAGUUUGUUCAGUCGUUUUUAUGGUUCUAUUGACAAGUCGUAUUGUUUUAUCAUUGUAGACAAGUAGACAACAUUAAAGCUAACUCAUUAAUUCAUACUUUUUAUUCGUGUGUUUGAGAUUUGAUCAUGAUGUAUCACAUACACGUCAACAUAGGAAGUUAUCUUCUUUUUGUUAGUUCAAAUUUUAUUUUAUUUUAUUUUUUUAAGACAGGAUAUUUUUUCGUAGUUGUCCCUCCAUUUUACACAAUGUCCUUUUCAAAAGUUGUGAUUCAAAAAUUUCAAAUAAUUGGUUAUUGAUCACUGUUACUUUUUGAAUCCAACAGCUAAUAUCAUUGUUCACUUUAUACAAUAUUGAACUUCUACGUAAAUAAAAUGCUGCUGAAAAACAGUGGAAUUCUCUUCUGCUA